AUGGAAGCUUGUUUGUCCACUGUAGCAGGCGUCAGCAGCAGCGCUCCAUUCAACCACAGAUCUCCCAGUCGGCGGAGAGCGUCCAGUGCAGACACAGACGCACACAUCACGUACAACUACAACGGCCUGAGGAGCAGCCGCAGAGGGGGCAGCUACCGGGGCGUGAUGCUGGACCACUGGGACCAGGCCUUCAGCGACCCCGGGAAGUCCAGCUACAAUGACAGCAUCCCAAAAAGGAGCAGCUGGCAGAGUCCUCGAGCGCCAAGCCGAGAGACGGUCUACAGAAACGAAUGGUUCACAGAGCAGCCUUCAGAGCUCAGAGGGUUCCCAGUGCACACUCACAUCCUGAAGGGCACCAGGGGCUUUGGUUUUAAUAUCGUGGGUGGCAGCCGAGCAGGAGAGUUCCUACAGGUCUACAGCGUCACGUCCAUCGGCCCGUCCGCUCUCAAAACAGCGGACAUCCUGGUUUACCUCAAUGACGUGUGUGUGCUGGGCGUGUCCCAUAAGGAGGUGGUGGAGCUCCUCAAGUCGGUGCCUGUGGGUCACACUGUGGACGUGGAGGUGCGCCGCGGUUACCCCAUGCUCUACAACCCGGACGGCUGCCCCAAACAACCCGCCCCCAGGAUGAUGGACAACGGCGACUUCAUCGUACCCCCCACCACCAUGCAGCCUCAGCCCCUCAACCACCACCUCUCCCGCCCCCACACCCCGCAACACUUCACCUUUAACGGCCUGCACAGCGAGGCCGGUUACAUGGAGCCUCUGGACGCCAACGGGAACGCUGCGUAUUACAGUCACGCGUACAGACGGUCCAGUAUGAGCAACGCGGUGCACUCCUCGCCCCCGCGGCCCCCCCGCUCUGUGAGGAGUCUGGCCCGUCUGCAGUCCUUUGACCCCACCCUGGCCAGUCAGAGUGACAGCGAGGUGGUGUCUGCCAUUGGCUCACACAGAGCUUCAAUGAUUCGCAACCACAACAAUAACUCCCUCUCCACGCCCCCUCCCCCUCUACGCUACGGCACGUACAAGUCCUCCGAGAGCGACAUAUCCACGUGCACCCUGUCCCGCCUGCCUAUGCAACAGUCUCCACGGAGACCAUCGUCCUCCCCGGGCGGGCCUCGGACAUCUCACCUGCUACAACCCAGCCCCUCCCACUCCAGGAGACCCCCAACUCCAGACAGCCCCCACUAUCCCAACAUCAAUGGGUACCACAGCAUGCCCAGUUCAUCUGCCAGCCCCAGCAGUGUGUCCUCAGGGGGGAUGAGUCUGGGCAGUGAUCAGGAUGGGAGACCCAGGGGGGAGCUGGUACCUGUGGUCUUGGGGCGGUCAGAGGCAGAGAGGGGGCUGGGGUUUAGCAUGAUGGCGGGGGGUCUGGGAGGACGGCUGGCCAUAGUGAAGAGGAUCCUUGACAGGGUGCAGUGCAACUCGCUUCAGCCGGGGGACGCUAUUGUCAAAAUAAACGGAGCCGACGUGCAGAGCCUCAGUGUGGCACAGAUACAAACUAUUCUUCAGGAACACACCAAACAGGGAGAAGUGAUCCUACUGGUUUAUCGUGGAGGGAUCUACCACUCGCCCAUAUCCUCUCGCAGACUCCCCCCUCCUCUGCUGCGGCCCCCCCCUCUCCCUGUGGGCUCUGAACACUCGGUGUUUCCAGACUGUCUGCCUUUGCCUCGGAGGUGUAACAGCACCCCUCCCUCUCCUGCCCCGUCCCGCUCCUCCCUGAUCCAGAGCACCAGUUUCCUGGAGUCCAUCCCCGUGACCCUGACCAUGGAGCCCAAAGACUGGCUGAGCACCGGCCUGGAGGACGAUGCCAUGGCCCUGCCUGACCUCUCGCUGGAGAGGAGAGCAGGUGAAGCCGGGCGGCCUUUCCGAGGCUUUGACGUUGAGCUGAGGAGAAAAGCUGGAGAGGGCUUUGGGUUUGUCAUUGCCUCACAGGACGUGGAGAAUGGCAAAGUGACUGUGAUGGGUGCUGCGCUGGUGGGCUACUCUGCAGUGAGUCGGUUUGGCUGCAUGUGUGUGUUUGUGGAGGCUGGUGCAUGCCGGGUCCAGCUCCCUCUGUCCCUGCUCCCUCCUCCUGCCGCUGUCUGCAAGACUUUUGACACGUGUUUAUGA